AUUUAAAUAUAUUUUUAUUUGUAGAAAGACAGAACCGCUCUAAAAUAUAUAAUACAUAAUAUAAUUUUGAAUAUUUACACACAGUUAGUACUAUAGUUAGUACUUGCGUGAUAUCAAUAUGAUAAUUAAUAUACAAACAUAUAUUUAUAUAAUAAUUAUGUAUGUAUAAUUAAAUAAUAUAAUAAUUAAUUUUUAGACAUUUCUCACUUUUCUUUCUCGCCCAAUGAAAAAACAAUCGACCGCCGUUCACAUCGAUGCGCCAGUGCGGAUCCGUCUACCGGGUGUCCGGUAAGUCAACAAUCUUCCCGACUACGCGACCAGGCCGAAGCGACCUGAACCCGGUUAUUUUCGGCGACGCGCUAUUUCGGGAUAGUGCGUGUCGUGGCGCGGGGUGCCACGAAAUCAGUUUACGGGGAAACCUCGUCCAGGCGGGUCGUUUUCCGCACGUUUGCAUACUAGCAAUUAAGCGGGUCGAGCAUCCUGAUCGUUGUUGGGUCCUCGAUGGACCUCCUCGCGGAAAGCGAGUCCGCGAUUGAAAUAUCGCGUCAAUAAUCGCGUUUGAGUGCGCAGUGAGAGUCGUCGUUCGUUUCCUUCUGAAAAUUAAUACACAUAUAUCGCAUGUAUAUAUCAUGUUACAACAUAUGCACGUGCGCGAUAAUGAUGUAACGAGAUCAUUGGCCGGACGUAGGAGUCGAGAAGACUAUUAACGUGACAACGUUAUCGCGCACGUGUUUUCGUCGCCGAAGAAUCGAGGUGCGCGCAUUGGAAACCACCCUCGAGCGGAAACCACCCUGCCGCUAGCACCGCGGCAAGAUCCAUGGGACCCCAAGGAAAAUGAUCUAUAAGAAGAAAUGAAGGGUUCAGAGUUGGCGUGCGGUAAUGCGGCUUCCCAACACGUGGCGGCGGUGGCUUCUCGUAAUCGUUUGUCUCGAGUACUAGCCGCACAGACGGACGCGUCUAAGUAUAGAACGUAGAACGAGCAUAAACGCAGAAAAUCCUGUCAAUGGAGACGAUCCGGGGAUCGUAGAGGGAUGAGCGAGUUCGCGCAACCGUCUCUUGCGUACUUAUUGAUCUUGUGCGUCAUCGUAGUGCCCACGUCAGAGAACGUCAUCGAGCUGGUCUUCAUCGGCGCCACGAUCUACAGAGACUUGGAGCCGAAUUUUGUGAUCUAUAUCUAUACCAAGUUCCAUAAACGGACCGUUUAUGAGUAUUGAGCCGUUAUAAACAUUACUGAUUUCCGUGAUUUAGCGUAGAUUACUCGCGUGCCUUGAGUGGUCCGAUAAAAUCGAUUUUCUUGAAGUUUAUUUUAGAUUGAAUAUUAAAGACAUCGGUACCUUGAGUUUUCAUAUAACACAAAGGAAUAUAUUCGAGCAACUCAUCCGUGGAAGCAUCUCAGUUUACUCUCCGGUCUGCGAAGAGUCUAGGAGAAUCGCCGGAAUUCAAUUAAAGCCGGGUCAUCCCGCACCGUCGACUUCGGAGAAAUCGUCGAUCAUUUUUCGCCGGAUCGUAAACAGUUUCACAAUAGAUUUUGUUAAGCGGCCAAGUGGCUCAUCCCUCCCGCAACGGCGACUUCGUCGUCGUCGUCGUCGUCGUCGUCGGCGUCAUCCUCCUUGUCAUGUUUUCGAUUCGGAGCAUGAUGAAGUCGAUACCAGACUGCAGGAGGCAACUGCGACGAAGGCAGAAGAGAUACGACGUUUUCCAUUAAAUUCAUCCGACGUAAUUCUCUAUUAGUCCCGGUCAAUGCUCGCACAUAAGAAUUCGCGAUCUCCUUAUAUUACCCUCCUGCACCCCGCCUCGCCGUGCAAUCGAUCCGUUAUAUAGGUACGAGCCGUCCGCUGGUCCGAUAAUAACGCCACCACGAUGAUCGAUCGUCGCAAUUAAAUGCGUUACGUACACUCUUUUAGAUCUGUGUCUCUUCGACCUGGAAAUAUAAUUUAAGAAAAGUUAACUCUAUCGAGAUAUACGUCUUGUAUAUUUAGCUUCUAGCUAGAAAUGCACUUCUGCGAGAGGUUCGUGGAUUGCAUCACGCAUAGUGAGAUAAAUACUUUCUUAAUGGACACAUUUUAAAGAUAAUUUAAUAAGAUAUUCUCCGAGAGAAGACAAAUAUCGCUGAUUAUAACGUAAUUACAUUGCGCAAUAAGUGUAAGCCAGUCUCUUCGUGCUAUAAACGCGCUGAGGAGGAGCUUGAGAAGCCUGAGAAGGAAUUCGGAAGAAACGCAAUGCAGAUGACUCGCGGCUUAUCCACCUGUCUCUAAAUUAGUGGGACGAGAUCUCACCGGGCAUCCAACCGGAAGAUGAUACUGCGGAACAAAGCUAAUUCUUCUGCUGCGGUUUCCAAGCAACAAUGUGGAUUCCUGCGGUGACCUCGCGGUUUCCCUCGGAGGGGGCAUUUCGUAACCAUUAAUAAUAAAUCAUUGGGAGGCAAGGAUCAAACGUUCAGCCUCUAGCUAUUUCGCAAAAGGAUACACACACACACACACACACACACAUAUACGUACACGUAUUACGAAACGAUAUUGUGAUAUCGCAAUAUAGAAUGCUCGGCGAGUCGGAAGCGCGAUGCCCACGAAUCGAUCCGAGGUGACCCGGUCGAAGUGACGUCGUCUUGAGCAGUUGCCGUGGUCGUCAUCAUCAUCGUCGUCAGCACCGAUGGAGACGGACAAGCCGUCCCACUCGUCUGUCAGCCGGAGUCAGCGUGGAAGUUAUCGCAGCCGAAGCGGAAGACGCCGGAAACGUAGGCGGAAGCUGUGGGGCGAGCGGAUCGCCGACUGGACUAGAGCGCUGAUAGCCUUCCUCUUCAGCAACGUCGGCAUCGUGUGCCUAGUGGUGGGUUACACUAUAGCGGGCGCCAUCCUGUUCACCUACAUUGAGGGCAAAACCACCCCGGAUGUCGCCGACAACGUCACCAGACUGAGGAACUUGACGGCCGACACCCUCUGGGAGCUGACCUCCAAGGAAAAUGUAUUCUCGGAAAAGCUCUGGAAGGCAAAGGUGAGGGACAUCCUCGAGACUUACCAGGAGACGAUGGUGGGGGCCAUAAAAAACGGGUACGACGGCAGGGACGAAAAUAAGUGGACCUUCGCCGGCGCUUUUUUAUAUUCCCUCACUGUGAUAACGACCAUCGGUUACGGCAACAUUUAUCCCAGGACGAAAUGGGGCAAAGUCGUGACUAUAGUGUACGCAAUAAUAGGAAUGCCGCUUUUCCUUCUCUACCUCAGCAAUAUCGGCGACAUCCUGGCCAGAAGCUUCAAAUGGACCUACGCGCGCUGCUGCCUGUGCAAGUGUCGAAGGAAACCAUAUGCCUCGACAAGAGCAUCAGAGAUGCCGGACGAUCCGGCUGCAAAUAGAAAUCACUGGCAGAUGGUGAACGCGCAUAGCGGAGAAGUAGACGCGUCGAGCUUGGAAGAAACUUCGCCAAGAGACGACGACGACGGGGGUGUCGACGAGGGCGAUGGUAACGACGAAGACGAUGACGACGAGAGCGACAGCUACGAUCCUCAGCACGUGACGGUGCCGUUAACUCUGUGUCUCGCUAUUAUGGUGGGGUGAGUCUGGCGAAAGAGGGAUAAUCAGGUUGCUAAUUAAGAGAUAGACCAU